AUGCGCGCCUCCGUCUUCGUCUGCGGCUUCCUCGCCAGCUUUGCCUACGCUAUGCCCAAGGCCGCUGAGACGUGCCGUGAGCCUACGCUAUCCUGCAACAAGACCGCUACCUGGGGCCAGCCUAUGGCGUGCUGCUACCCGCUGCAGUGCGUGACUGAAGGCAACAGCACCAUGGGAACUUGCCCCCACCAGAACUGAGAGGCUUGAAGCCACGGGGUGAAAUUGUAUUGCACAUAGCCGAU